GGAUUUCUGAGCGUUCGUUCAUAUAGUGGAUUAACGGCGUUGGUGAUAAGGAUUUUGAGAAGAGAGCGUCUGUGUGCGCCUGUGAACGUUCGUUCAUUUCCGGAGAACAAAUGGCACCUAGACUUUCUCCUCCUCCACCGCAGACCAAUGAAAAUGAUGUGCCCAACAACACCAGAUUGUUGGAAUCAGUAAUUGAAAGGUUACAAGAGCAGAACGCUGUUUUGACGCAGCAAAAUGCGGCUGCCUUACAGAGUUUGGAGGCCGCUCGUGCAAAUUCUGAAGUGACUCAGAGACAGCUUAUGGAGAUUCUUGCAGCUACCAGGGGUACACCGGGAGCAUCUGCUUCAAACACUACUCAUCAGACCGAGUGGAGUUUGGAGAACUUUUUACAGCAUCGUCCAGCGAAGUUUGAUGGAAUGUCUCCUGACGGGGCAGAUCAGUGGCUGCAGGAUAUGGAGCGUCUCUACGACGUCAAGGAAUGUCCGAACGAUCGAAGGCUGGCAUUCACUGAGUAUUUGUUGACUGGAGAGGCCAGUCAUUGGUGGUCGAGUGCGAAGAUGUACUGACAGACUCUCAUAGCCCUAUUUCCUGGGAAGUCUUCAAGGAAAAAUUUUAUGAAGAGUAUUUCCGGAUAGUGUUCGU